GAGCUGCUGACGCAGAGAUUCGACCACAUCCUCUACACCGGGAACACCGCUGUGGGCAAAAUUGUGAUGGCAGCGGCUGCCAAGCACCUGACGCCCGUCACCCUGGAGCUGGGAGGGAAGAGCCCCUGCUACAUCGACAAGGACUGCGACCUGGCCGUCGCCUGCAGGCGGAUAACGUGGGGGAAGUACAUGAACUGUGGGCAAACCUGCAUUGCCCCGGACUACAUCCUGUGCGAGCCGUCCAUCCAGAGCCAGGUGGUGGAGAACAUUAAGGCGACUCUGCAGGAGUUCUAUGGGGAAGAUGUGAAGAAGUCUCCGGAUUAUGAGAGGAUCGUCAACAAGCGCCACUUCAAGAGGAUCGUGAGCCUGCUGGAAGGCCAGAAGAUCGCCCACGGGGGAGAGACGGAUGAGGCCUCCUGCUUUAUAGCACCCACCAUCCUGACGGACGUUUCUCCGGAGUCCAAGGUGAUGGAGGAGGAGAUCUUUGGCCCGGUGCUCCCGAUUUUGUCAGUGAAGGGCGUGGACGAAGCCAUUGAGUUCAUCAACAGUCGGGAGAAGCCCCUUGCCCUCUAUGUCUUCUCCAACAACAAGAAGGUGGGUCAGGGCUCUGUGCAGCUCGAUGCUGGGUGCGACCGUCCCAGGCAUGGCUCGGCUGCUGCUUGUGGGUGGAUUGCAGCUUUUGUCUCCUGUGGGACAGACGUGUCCGCAGGCAGAGUUGCCAGAGCCUCCAGGGUCCAUGCUGAAGCACUCAGGAGCUGUAUGGCAUUGUGAAACAGGGGUGGAUUAAAGGCUGAAUUUCCUGUUU